AUGGGGAAGUGCCUCAGUAACGUGUUUCGCUUUAGAUCAAGGAGAUCAAAGAAGCAACAGUGUCAAGACCAAGAGAUCGAGCUGGCGAUAGCUCCUAGGUCACCAACCCCGACAGCCUCUCUUGUCUCUGAGCCAACCUACACUCAAACCCAGGCGGCCGAGCAGAGCUUGGAAGACUGUCUGCCACCUCAGAACGAACGCAGUGUCUGGCAAGACGAGCAUGACCGCAGCUGCUUCAUCUUGGAAGCUCUGAUCUUUAUCUCUGGCAACGGCACUUUCAACCUCGAGGACAAAAGCAUCGCCCUGCGGUACUCAAAGAGCAAUGAUAAGUGGCGCGCACGGCUGGUCACCAUCUUCAAUGGAGAGGUCUUUGGCCCCCAGCUCGAAAGCGAUAUCCCCCGACCAAGCCAAAGAGAAGCUUUCCUGGAUCUCAAAGAUGAAGUUCGCAACAGGUUCAAGAGGCUUAUAAACACCUACCUUCCAGAAGCCGAUCCGAGCGAUUUGGUGCAGCGCUUGGAACUUCUCAGGGGUGAACGAAGGCGCGAGGAUAAUAUUUUCCAGAAAGUCAAGCCCUCACGCACUUCGACUCUGCCAUCACCAUCACCACCAGCAGCAGUAUUGACUUCUAAAUGGGACAGGCUGGUGAAGACGUUUCGUGGCAACACCAAGCCGCUUGGUGCGGGUCGAGUCAAAUGUCUCGAGGCUGCAACCCCCUCAGUUUCCGACGCGUCGUUGCCAUCACCCACGACUGCCGGAAACGUGAUCGGAGAAUAUCAAAGCAAGCCUAGUCUGAAGGCACUGUCGAAGCGACCUGUCAGGGACCACGGCCCUUCCUCAAAGACGGCGACAAACCAAGAUUUGAGCGCAGAGCAGCAACAGCAGAUGAUCCGAGCACGCAGCACGCAGUAUUGUCAAGAUCUUCUAAAGGAGAAGGCCCGCAUAUGGCAGAACAUGCUCUCGGAGUGUAAAGAAGGAACGUGUACCCAUCAGGAACCCCCCGAGGAGAUCCUUUACGAGACUAUCCAGCGAAGGCAACAGUGCAUCGCACUAAGCAUGAACAAUUAUGAUGCAGGUUGGUUGCUAUCACUCCCUAUAAGCCAUAUAUAUUAUUGGAGGAGAUUUCCGGACAUCAAACCGCCACGAGAACCAUACCAGUUGGCACCAACCCCGCUGAUACCCAAGAAGGAUUCGAUUCCGCGACGUCCUAACACACGGCUGCCGUCGCCUCGACGUCGACGUCGACCUUGUAGGGUGCAUACCGAAAUGAGUGGGCUGAUGUCGGUUCCGGAUCAGGGGCUUAGCCCGCAAAGCCAGACGUUUUAUCAGACGACGCCGCAGCCCGUCAACAUGGGCGGACAGAUCUUCCCCUCACCAGUCCAGGGCAACAUGGGCGGGAGGACGCCGUUUCACGACUCUACCUAUGACCCGCAGGCUGGCAGGAACCGAGCGUUCCAAAAAGCCACGCCACAGCCUGUCAUGACGCAGGAACGUACCUUCGCCCCUGAGCCUCCACCAGUUCAGACUCACAUGAGCAGCCGGACGUCGUUCCCGGACCUUGGUGGUGACCUGUACGAGGACAUUAGCCCAAUGACCAAGCCCGAGAGGCCACGAUCUGUAGCCGUGAAGCAAAAGACCUGUUCACCUCAGCGUGUUAUAAAGAGGGUAUCGUUUCCGGACCUUGAAGAUGACCCGCAAGUGGGCAGUAGUAAAACUUUCCAGCGAGAGAAGCCACAGUCCGCCGUGGAUGGACAAGAAUUUUCACCUGAGCUCCCCAAAGUCCAGAAAUAUGUGGGGAAGACGGUAUCGUUCCCCGAUCUUGACAGCGAGUCGCAACGGACGUCUGAAUCAGAGGAGCCACAGUCCACCGCCAAGAAGGGACAGGAAUCUUCACCUAAGCCCCCUAGAAUCGACAAACCUGUGGUUAAGAGGGUUUCGAUUCAGGAUUCUGACUGUGAGUCGCAGUCGGGUAGCCGGACGUCCCAAUCGGGGAGUUCACAGUCCGCCAGAGAACAUCUUUCAGAAGAACGAUCGCCGCCCAGCAAGAAGUUACUAGAGCCUACUGAGGGAGAACUGACCCUUUUUCCUGAUCUAGAGGACGACGAGCCAGAGGUGGAGAGUGGUACCGCAUCAAAGCGGCAGACCAUCGACAACAAAACUCCUUCAAAACCCGACUUGCCCGAGAUCCCGCAAGUGGAAAGCAAGAGCAAGAGUGACGUCGGCCCAAACGUGGAGAGAAGCGAAGCAUUACGUCUGAGUAGGAGGCGCUAUAAAUGUCGUUCCAAGCCCAACUUGUCUCGGAAUCAGCAGGCGGAAAGCAGCAGCAAGGAGGCCAUUGAUCCCCAGGUGGAGAGCAGCAAAGCGGCAGCUCAACGGGCUGCCGAUGUCAGUACUCCUCCCAGUCCCGUCCUAUCGCAGCUUCUGCAGGCACGCAGCAGUAGGGGCGCUGUAGGGCAAGGACCGACACCUCACUGCGGCACGAACACAAACAAACCUUCUUGCCUUAAGCUUUCCAAGGCACCAAUGGUUGAAGAGAACGUACAGCGACCACAGACGACUCGCCAGGCUAGCAUAGCCUCACGCUCGCAUCCCCUCCCUCAGGAUCACAUGGCGGCAGACGUCCCAUGGAUAAAGCAGCCGCAGAUGGUUCAUCAGCCCAGUAUGACGAGCCUCCCUCAAGACUCGGUAAUGGGAGGUUUCGAGAUGGCCCAACAAUUGCAUCGGGAAUUCCUACACCAACAACAAAUGCAUCACUUUCAGCAACAGCAGUAUUUUUUCAAGCAGUCCCAGCACUUGGCAUCCACGCAGCCACAGAUGGAGUACCCUCAACAACCGCAGACACAAUACAUGCAACAACCACAGUCGCAGUACAUGCAACAACCGCAGUCGCAGUACGUUGCACAGCCACGGCCAUACAUCCAGCCCCAGCAGCAACAAUACAUCGAGCCCCAGCAGCAGCACCAGGACCAACCCCAACUCCAGGGAUACACCCGACAACCCGGGCAAGGCUACUACGAACCAGUACACUACUACAUCAAAGAAGCCCGAAAACCCGGCAUGCUGAUCCAACCCCCCAACAUGGCACACACCCCUUCCCACCAAGUGCCACCAAAACGCCGCCCCCUCCCAGGAGACCGCGACUGGGUCCGAUCUUUACGACCUGCCAAAUCGUUCAACGAGGAGGCUUUACGGUAUCGCGAGGCGCAGAAUUGGGCGAGCCAUUAUGAUAAGCUGAAUCAGAUGUUCGAUUCGAAGUACUAUACUGCUGGGGAUUUGGGGAAGAUUCGGACGGCAUUUCGGCCGAGUUGGUAUUAG